AUGCCACUACUGACAGCCAAGCCGCAGCUGGACGACGCGAUUGCGUACUUACAGGCCGAGAUCGCGGCCUUAUGCGCUGGAGAAAGGGACGAUAAGCUUGUGGAACUUGCUGUCGCAGUAGCUGCCGGGGAUCCGCCGCUUCCAGAGCCUCAAUUCGCCCCUCUCUUGGCGCUCUGGACACCUCAAAGCUCUUCCUUAACGUCGGACUUGGGGGCGCUCGUGGACGAGUUCGAAGCCGCUCGGCGACAGGAAAAGAGAGAAGAAGAAGAGAGACGAGAGCAAGAGGGGAAGAGACAUGUGGAGUCGGCGCUCGAGCGCGUGAGAGGACAGCGGAGACGGCCGAGGACGAGACCCCGACGGCGGUUUGAAGAUCCGGACGAACGAGAUGCUCGAGAAGCUGUGGGAGACGGGACAAGUGUGACAUCUUGUCGAGAGAGUAAUGCUGGUGCUGGUGCUGUGGAAGAAGCUGGAAUGGGAGUUGAGGAGAAAGAAGAAGAGAAGGAGGCUGUAAAGGUGGAGGGGCUGGAGAAGAAGGAGCAAGGAGAGGAGAGGGGUGAAGUGGAGGUGAAUAAGGUGAAUAAGGUGGAGGAAGAGACGAAGCAGGAGGAGGAGAUGACUGAAGUGGGGAAAGGUGAGGAGGUUGAAGAGAUGAAAGAUGUGGAGGUUGAGGAGGUGAAGGUGGAGAAAGAGGAGGAGAAGGUGGAAGAUAUGGGGAAGCAGAAGGAGGUGAAGGGUGAAAGGGAGAGAGGAGAAGAGAUGGAGGAGAAGGUGGACGAGGUCGAGAAGCAAAAGGAGGUGGAGGAUGAAGGGAAGAGGGGGAAAGAGAUGGAAGAAGAGGAGGAAGUGAAGGAAGACGAUGUGAAGGGUGAACGAGCAAAAAAGGAGGAAGAUUUGAAUGUUGGCGCGAUGAACGAUGUGGAAAUUAAGGAGGGUCAAGAUGACAGCGUGGAAGAAAAAGUCACAGAGAAGGAGCAAGUGACGGGGGAAGAUGAAGUCUCCAUGGAGGAAAAGAAGGAUGGCUUGGUUGAAAAAGAGGAGCGUAGAGUGAAGGAGCAAGUUGUUGUUGAGGAGAGGAAGUCAAAAAAGCAGGAGGCUGAGGCUGCAUUGGCGAGUCUAAAAGUAUUGCGGCAGAACAUGUUGCUGGAUGUGCUGUCGAAGAUUGUGUCGGUGGCGAAGAGCAAGGAUGUGGAUCCCGCCAUGUUUACGAAGAAUGGUGAAGCGGAAAAGGUGGAGGCGAAGCAUCAAGUGGAUCUCGAAAAAGUUCAGGUGUUGGUGACGAGUGGUGUGAUCUGUGAGUGGGCGCAGUUUGCAGAGCAGGUUUAUCUCUUUUGUCAGCACGUCGUGACGGAUGCUGAGCGUCGCGAGCAGCCUGAAGCAAGACGAAAGGGUAUCGAACUGCUUCAUUUUGCGAGGACGCUGACAGAGACGUUGCGUAAAGCUAGCAUCAAGAAGGAGGACAUUCUGCUGCAAAAGAUACGUGAAGCAGAAGAGGAGGCUGUAACUCGAACGGAGAAGGUAGGAGAUGCUUGCAAUGAGGAAGCCGAGCACGUCGAAGAAGCUGAAGAGACCUUCGCUGGCGAAAUCGGUCGCCGAGCUGCAGAGGGUACUGCUGGCAACAACGACUUGAAUAGUCAGGCAUUGGCCAGUGAGCUUUUCGACCUCCGUCUUCUUUCACCCACGCGUGCAUCAUCUCGGAUUCGGAAGCGCACAAGUAUCACCAGCGAUGGCACCGGCUCUGCGGUCCCAUCACCUUCCUCGCAGAAUACGCGGAAGCGUACACGCGGUGCAUCUGUUUCGGCUGCCUCCGCAAGCGAAGAAGUAAGUGCAUCAGAAAGCCACGAUGCGUCGGCUUCUGAAGCUGAUCCGAAGUCACAUAGACAUCACAACAUGUCUAAGACUCAUGCACGGCGUACACCUGCACGCAGAAGCCGACCAUCGAUUCCAGCAACACGAAUUAGCUCACGUCAGCAAAAACGACGAGCAGUCGCGGCGGCAGCUGCGGCUGCCGUAAACAGUGCUGGUAGUGGUCAAGAAGAGGGCCACAGCGGUGGUGAGGCUCUGUACGUGGCCGUGGAACGAGAAGGCAACGAUGUCACCGAGGAGCAAAAUGGAGAAGAGGUGAAGAUAGAAGGAGACGAACUAAAGCAGGAUGAGGAGGAGCUCAGUACGCCGAAGAAGAAGAAAGCAGCGCCAAGAUCGAGGAGUAGAAAAAAGGGUGGACGGAAGCGAUGA